CCUUAUUUGACAACAUGGCAGAAAAACAUUUCCUGAAUUCGAAAAUAAUGUUUUACAUGAGAAUUUUAACAUUUUUGAAACACUUAUUUUAAUUUUGUUCAUUGACAAAAAGUGUGUUUUUAUUAUACAAACAAAAAUUUAUCAAAUAUGAAAAUGUCUUCGAAUAAAUUAACACUUUAUUUAGCGCUUACUGUUUUGAUAUUGGUUGUUUUGGAAGAACACCCAAGUUAUGGAAUGGACGUAUCUACCAAACGCAGUCUUAGGUUGAAAGUGAUAGAGAUGUUCAAACAUGCAUAUGGUGCUUACAUGAAACAUGCAUUUCCUGCGGACGAGUUAAUGCCAUUAAGUUGUAAAGGUCGGUACCGAGGUUCGGAGCCGAGCAGAGGCGAUGUUGAUGACAGCUUAGGAAAUUUCACACUCUCCUUGAUUGACAGUUUAGAUACACUUGCAGUUCUUGGAGAUAUACCGGAGUUUGAGAGGGCCGUGUCUCUAGUCAUCAAUACAACAAAGUUUGAUACUGAUGUAAUAGUGUCAGUGUUUGAGACCAACAUUAGAGUUCUAGGUGGAUUGCUAGGAGGUCACGUACUUGCGUCAUAUUUCAAGAAGAGGAAAUUAUCAAUGGACUGGUAUAAAGACGAGUUGUUAGUGAUGGCGAAAGACAUUGGUACCCGGCUAUUACCUGCCUUUAAUACCACCACAGGGAUACCAUACCCUAGAAUCAAUUUGAAGCAUGGUAUUAGUAGAGAUGUGAGUGCCAACUAUCGUGACACCUGUACAGCGUGUGCAGGAACGAUGAUUCUAGAAUUUGCUGCUCUCAGUCGUCUAACAGGAGAUCCUGUAUAUGAGGAGAAAGCACAUAAGGCGAUGGAUUAUUUAUGGAACCAGAGACAUCGCAGCAGUGACCUAGUUGGGACAGUCAUCAAUAUACAUAAUGGUGACUGGAUAAGACGAGAGAGUGGUGUCGGGGCUGGAAUAGAUUCAUACUAUGAGUAUGUUUUAAAGGCUUAUAUUCUGUUAGGAGACGAUACCUACCUCACUAGAUUUAAUAAGCAUUACGAUGCCGUGAAGAAGUAUAUUAGUCAAGGACCACGCUUUGUCGAUGUUCAUAUGCAUAGACCUUUAUCUACCUCAAGAAACUUUAUGGAUGCUCUCCUGGCUUUUUGGCCAGGUUUACAGGUAUUAAAGGGAGAUAUACAGCCAGCUAUUGAGGUACACGAGAUGUUGUAUCAGGUAAUACAAAGACAUAAUUUUCUUCCCGAAGCUUUUACCUCCGAUUUUCACGUACAUUGGGGUCACCAUCCACUGCGACCAGAAUUUGUAGAGUCUACGUAUUUCUUAUAUAAGGCAACCGGGGAUCAGCAUUAUCUAGAUGUAGGUCAAAAGGUGAUUGAGAAUCUAGAUGAACUUGCACGUGUUCCAUGUGGAUUUGCUGCCAUCAAAGAUGUUACCAAAGGCACACAUGAAGAUCAGAUGGAUUCAUUUGUACUGGCCGAGACAUUCAAGUAUUUAUAUCUGAUGUUUGCUGAUAAAAGUGACAUAUUGUUUGACAUUGAUGAUUAUGUGUUCACAACGGAAGCCCAUCUUCUACCACUCUCACUCUCCAGAUGUAACGGGUCUAAACCUGCUUCUAUGCGUCUAAGCCGUGAGAUGUACAGCCAUUUACAGCAGAUAGACGAGGAGACUCACGACCACGAUGAGUUUGGUGACAGCCCACACAACACUUGCCCUAAUCCACUCGUCAAAUUUAGAAUGAACUACGCUUCCAAUCUUAGAGAUAGUAUGAAAAAUAUGGUGGAUUUGUCACAGCCUAUUGUUCCUGCCAGUCAGCAAUGUUCUCAAUUUAGAGUCAGCGGCUCCAGGCUUAAAGCUAAUGAUUUUGUAGCAGGGAACCAGGAUCAGCUUACGCAGCUAAAGGAAAUGGGCAUACGUCUGAUGACAAUGGCAGAUGGUCGCAUACAGUUACUGCAUACGGCAUCCGAGGCGCUCUCUCCACAACUAGCCGAGGAGGGGUUAUUGUUCAUGCAAGAGAUGAUUGAACUGUCAAAGAAACAGCCACAAGAUAAUCAGAAUGAACCUUUAUUACUCAAGGUUAUUAUCACAGAACAGGACAGUCAGGUGUUUAAGGCGGGCCCAGCACAAUUUGGUUACGAUCUGAAGAAACGACCAAAUAUUAGAGGAAAAUUGGCCAUAGGUCAACCAUAUAAGAUGUGCAGUAGCCAAGUGCAGAAUCCUGAACUGUUGGCAGGCAAAAUUGUUCUGAUUGAGCGAGGGAACUGUAUGUUUGUUGACAAGGCUAGAAAUUUACAGAGAGUUGGUGCGAUUGGAGGAAUUGUUAUAGAUCAUAAUCCAGGCAGCACAACAAAUGGGUCACCACUGUUUGCAAUGUCCGGGGACGGCACUGAUGAUGUUUAUAUUCCAUUGCUGUUCUUGUUCCACGUAGAGGGACAACAGAUCAUUCAAAUGUGGCGAAAUAAUCCAAAUAUAGAAGUUGUCAUGGCUGCGAAAUUUGAAGUUUUAGGACCUGACACUCCUAAAAAUCCUAGUGACCAGUCUUGGACAUCACAUGACAGCAGUCACCAAUCACAGACAACAAUAGUGUCGGAAAAUAUUGAACCGAACCACCCUGUGCCAGGCCGAACUUUGAAACUUAACAAAAUGAUACAAAUUGAGAACGGAGUGUAUCAGCCAAUAGAACCGGAGCUUGCCGAUGGAAUUAUCACACCGAACUCGGUCGAAGACGAAGAUGGUAUAAUUAGUAUAAGAACACUACCUGGGGGAUCGAAACAAUUAUUUUUUAGAUUUGAUAAAUUAAAAAAGAAUCAGGACAGUGCUCCUUCCCUAGAAGAAAUAUACGAAAAUCUAAGAGCAACAUUGUUAGAAAAAACGAAUUUUAAACUCCUUGAAAAACAGAGUGAAUACUUAACUGCUAUUGUUCGCCUUUUAGAAUCCGCUUACUUUGGAAAGCAAUCGUUAGAUUCAAAAUCUCAAGAAUUGUUCGAGGAACUUUCAAAUGAAUUAGAAAUUUUAUCUGAGAAAGAAAUAGCUGCCGCUAAGAAUAUGGAAUUAGAAGAACAAGAUUAUAUACAAGGUAAUGAUGGCGUUGAUCAGAAAGAAGUGGAUGAUACAGUAGAUAAAAAGAAUAAAAUUUCUGUAGAGAUUCCCGAAAUCCUGAAUUUGGAAGACGGUCAAGUAAAGAUUAUUAAUCUUAAUGGGAUGGGAGUGAAAAUUAAAACAAAAAUUGUUAAACCAGUCAAAGAGCCUUCAACGACUGAAAUAAAUAUAGACGAGUCACGCUCAUACGCAGAUGUGACUGAUUUUGAAGAGCCUCUGUCUGUGAAAUCCACUCGUAAUAAGGAAUCCGAAUUAAAUGAAAAUAUACAAGAAGAAAAUAUUUAUAAAAAAGAUAGUGUACAUAUAGAUAAUGUAUAUAUAAAAGAGUCUGUGACUCAAAAGGAGGCAAAUGUAGUUGGAAUAAAUGAUAAUUAUAAUCCUGUAGAAAAUGAUGUGAAAAUAAAACCCGAUAAUAACGACAUUAGUUUUGAAAAGUUAAAACAAGGUGUGAAUGAGCAUCUUGCAGAGGGCAUUAAAAACAUUUUAGAGAAAGUAGAAAAUGAUCCAGUUAGUGACAAUAGGAUUGUUAUACACCACUAUAAGACUGGGGAUAAGAGUGACAAUUCUCCCGGCAAUCCCAAACAAGCUGUUCCAAAAUACGAAAAACCAGUUCAUGAACGGACGGUUCGUAAUUUGAAAUCAUCCGAUUCUAGAAGUGUUAAUAGUGCUCAAGUUAAAAGUGAUGAAAGCACGGAUAGAUCUGAUGCACUAGGUGAUAAUAAAGAGAACAUAAAGUCUUCCUCAGACGAGGUCAGGGAAACGAAAAGAUCUCCGUGAUAGCUUUAAAUAGAUAUUUGUGAAGUCUCAUAGUCUCACUUGUGAAUUAAAUGUUGUCGAGAAAAUGCGGAAAGCGGUGAACAUAUGUUUUGCUGUCUAUAAUUUUAAAGCACAUUUAGUCUUCCUCAAGCUUUGUGAAAUCUGGCUAUUUAGAUCACAGCAUUCCUGAAAUUUUGAAUUUUUCUUUUUGCUGUUGUUGUAUACAACAAAUGUGAUGAAAUUUCUGCAAAGUAUUUUAAAGUCAAGGGACAGGAAAUGUAAUUUUUUUUUAUCCUAGAUAUUUUUCUGAGUGCUGUUUAUAUGGUUAUCACAUAUUUUAUGGCUUCUCCACCAAGUAUAUUUAUUAUUUCUUCAGUUUGGAAAUGAGACUGUUGGAAAAUGUAAUCACAUAAUAAAUUGUUA